AUGAUACGUGAGAUUACGAUAUAUCAAAGUGAAGCUAUGAUACGUGAGAUUACGACAUAUCAGAGUGAAGCUAUGAUACGUGAGAUUACGACAUAUCAGAGUGAAGCUAUGAUACGUGAGAUUACGACAUAUCAGAGUGAAGCUAUGAUACGUGAGAUUACGACAUAUCAGAGUGAAGCUAUGAUACGUGAGAUUACGACAUAUCAGAGUGAAGCUAUGAUACGUGAGAUUACGACAUAUCAGAGUGAAGCUAUGAUACGUGAGAUUACGACAUAUCAGAGUGAAGCUAUGAUACGUGAGAUUACGACAUAUCAGAGUGAAGCUAUGAUACGUGAGAUUACGACAUAUCAGAGUGAAGCUAUGAUACGUGAGAUUACGACAUAUCAGAGUGAAGCUAUGAUACGUGAGAUUACGACAUAUCAGAGUGAAGCUAUGAUACGUGAGAUUACGACAUAUCAGAGUGAAGCUAUGAUACGUGAGAUUACGACAUAUCAGAGUGAAGCUAUGAUACGUGAGAUUACGACAUAUCAGAGUGAAGCUAUGAUACGUGAGAUUACGACAUAUCAGAGUGAAGCUAUGAGUGAGUUAAUUCUACGUGAUAUUUGUCAUAUACUACGUAUAUGCAGUAUUUUACUUACUUGA